AUGGGUCCUGGGUGGGCGAAACCAAGUGCUGGCCAGUGGCAAGGUGAAGGAAAUGUACUCCACAGACUCCCAGUCUCCAUCUCGCACGACCCAGGAUCGCCGCAAAGCCAAGAAUUCCGAGCAUCGGAGCCGCCGCUGCUCGACCAAAGAUUUGCGGUGCUCAAAGCUUCGCUUGUCAAGAAAGUACAUAAACAGAAAGUGAUUGAAUCAUAUGGUCGCCUUGUCGACGUCUUGAACUCCGAGGUCAACCGCAUCGAGAAGUCUGGGUCUUCUAUGGUGCCUGAGAUUGACUUCAACCAUGUGCGCAACAACGGCUGCACCCUUCCUCCAGACUUUGCCAACCUCGUGCGAGAUAGAGGUUGCGUGAUUCUGCGUAAUGUUGUCCCAGAAGAACAAGCCGUCGUAUGGGAGGCCAAGCUCAAGGACUACGUCCAUCGACACCCCGGAGUAGGCGGCGUCCCUCCCAACAAGCCUGCUGGAUGGAACAUCUACUGGACCGAGCCACAGGUGCAAAUUCGAUCUCACCCUGCAGUAUUAGAGGCCAUGAACAUUGUAUCUCGACUCUGGAACGUUUCUGAUCCAUCUCUACUGAUCGAUCUGGACUCACAAGUUGUGUAUCCUGACCGGAUCCGGAUUCGCCAGCCUUCCGAUGAUCCCGACCAAUUCCCGUUACCACCUCACCUCGACAGCGGCGGGACCGAGCGCUGGGAGGACGACGCGUAUCGUCAGAACUACGAGGCAAUUUUCGAAGGCCGAUGGCAAGAGUGGGACGGUUGGGCGGCUGACCAACGCCUCAACGCCCGCAGUGACCUGUACGCCAACAAAACGUCUUGCUCCGCAUGGAGAAGUCUUCAGGGCUGGAUAUCGCUGUCUCACACAAACACCGGGGAGGGCACUCUGCGCCUGCUCCCGAGUCUCAAAGCAUCCGUAGCAUAUAUGCUGCUAAAACCUCUCUUCGUCAACGAUGAAUUUGACGAUUCGCAGCCUACAUUCCCAGGCGCCACGCCCGGAUCAACGCAGUUCUUCCCAACACCAGAGCACCACCCCCACCUGGCCAUAGACCGCGCCCUGAUCGGAAUACCUCCGGUGAGGCCCGGCGACUAUGUUUUCUGGCACUGCGAUUUGGUCCACGGCGUGGAUACGACGAAUCCCGGGAAGAAUGAUUCUACGGUUUUCUAUAAUGCAUGUACUCCUCUGACGCCAUACAACCUGGACUCGUUGCUUGGUAGCCGUGCGGCGUUUGAGAAGGGGGUCCCACCGCGUGACUUUGAGAGACUGCAGGGGGGAUACGAGGUGGAAAACAUGCACGAUGAUUGCGGCGCGCAGAAGGAGAAUAUCCUGUCUGAUGAUGGAUUGAGGGCCAUGGGAUUCAUGAGCCUUGAUGAAACUGCUGAGCGGCUGACAGAUGGUCAGAGGGAGAUGAGGAGGAUGGCGAAUGUGAGCUUGGGUUUGUAA